CCUCCUGAAGCCUCCAUUUUAUUCUACAGGAGUAGAUUGCUUUGGCCCGUUCCAUGUCAAGAGAGGUCGGGGUACAGACAAGAGAUGGGGAAUAGUUUUCAAGUGUAUGACCACCAGGUGCAUCCACCUAGAUGUGCUGUCCAACAUGGAUACCGACUCGUUCCUUAUGUCACUCAGAAGGUUCGUGGCUAGACGGGGAACUCCCUUCGAGCUUCUCUCUGACUGUGGGACCAACUUCCGCGGAGGGGAGCAUGAGCUCAAAGCGAGUUUUGAGGCCAUGUGCGAAGAGCUGCAGACCCAGAUGGCCAAGCACCAGAUCCGUUUCCAGUUCAACCCACCAAAUGCACCUCACUUUGGUGGAGCCUGGGAGCGGGAGGUAAGAUCCAUUAAGGCUGCACUCUACGUUACUCUGGGAGCACAGACAGUUACCGAAGAAGUCUUGCAGACAGUUCUGAUUGAGGUAGAGGGAAUCCUCAACUCCAAGCCACUGGGCUAUGUGUCGACAGAUGUAGCUGAUGUGGAUCCCGUAACUCCUAACUACCUCCUCAUGGGGCGGCCAAACUCUUCGCUUCCUCAAGUGGUGUACCCUGAAUCUGAGAUUCUCAGUCGGAGAAGGUGGCGGCACAGUCAGGUGUUAGCUGACCAGUUCUGGACCCACUUCAUACGGAACUACUUACCUUUCCUGCAGUCAAGACAGAAAUGGGUGAAGGACACGGAGAACCUCACUGUUGGUACGGUGGUGAUGGUAAUCGACCAAAGGUUACCACGUGCACUGUGGCCUGUGGGACGAGUCACGAAGACCAUUAGGAGUGUCGAUGGUAAAGUGAGGACUGCUGAGGUGCAGGUGGACGAGAGGACCUACACCAGACCAGUAGCCAAGCUCAUUGAGUUGCCUGCCAUCCCAGAGGAUGCCUCGACGACAGCUCCUGGGGAUAGUUGAGCCUUUCUGGGAGAUAAUUUACACUGUAAAUUAUGGGGCGGCUGUGCAAAAGGCUCAAGUGCCGUGAGCAUGGACAGAGCCUGUGCAGAGUGUUCGCUCAGGCCACGCCCCCUUUUUUCCAACAUGUUGAGACAUGCCCUGGCUUGCAGAGGGCUGUCAGUUGAGUUUCAGUUAAUCAGUUAAGUUUUCAGUUGGUGUUUGUGUGCGUCAGUGACCACAAGUAAGUUACAGUUAUAUUAUAUUGUAUAGAUAAGUUAAUAUUCGCAAUUUAUUAUAAAGUUUACAGUAAGUGACAGCCUUUAUCUCCAUUGUAUAGCUUUAUGGCAUUCUUAUUGUAGUUAGCGUUUUCAGGGCAUGUUGAGCACUGUAUAUUUAAGUAAAUAGGGAGUUAUUAGCCUCAAUUGUAUUUAUGUUAGUUAACAUUGAUGUUUAUUUCUGUUUCCUUUAGAACCACACUUACACUGUAAAGUGUCUAAAGAUAUAGUGCCUGUGCAUCUGUAUUUGAAAGUAUAUAUUAAAACCUUCAAGGAAUAUCCCUGCCUUCCGUGUCCUGACUAGACACCCCAUAUCGGUGACUAAGUUUCAUAACCAGUAAGAGUCCCCAUUACACUGUGCGCAACCCCAUGAAGAUGGUGUCAUUGUGGCGUUUCCCUCCCCAGCCAGAAUUAAUUGACGGCAUCUCUGAUCUUCCAUCCCCAAGUACUUUCAGCUCCAUCCCUUUUUUAUAUGGAAGCCAGAGAAUGACUUAAUGGCAAGGCUGAGGAACAACAACACUGUUGCCAAGUUGCCUCUGCAGGUGUUGGUAGACCUUGUGUGAUUGUUGGCAUCACUGGACAGUACUAUCUUUUUUCAACCAGUCUGUGCUGUAAAGUUUGCCAGAAAAGGUGGUAUGCUGACUGUAGCAGUAUGAGUUGAACUCCUAACUACCUGGCGCUCUUUUGACCAAUCACUGCCUCAGGGCCCGGUAUAAAAGCAGCUAGUUGUCCCCCUUCCGCCCUCUCUUGCUCGUUGGUGACGGAAGUCCUCUACACUUCCGGGUCGCUCACUCCGUGAGGUGUUUUGCUGUGCUACAGGUAGGAUAGCGGCUUGGCUGCCUCCACACUCAUUGUCACUGUUAUUUUGUUGCCGUUAUUAUAUACUGAACGCUUUGUAGAUCUUCAGUUGGCGGGUUGUCCUUCACCAUACCGGUUGAACGGCGGUGAAUGAAAAGCGAGUAACACUGAUAGCUGCUGCGGUUUGCAUGCUCGGAGCUGCCUCCCUCUGGGUCUACUAAAACUCUGCUUGAGCGGAACACUGAAGCUGCCGGAGAUCCCUGUUAGCUGCUUAGCACUUCAACUACUGGCUGCUGUUUUGCCGAGGCUGCUGUUUUGCCUAAGAAGGCUUUUGCCGGGAUUGCUGCUGUCCUUUAAAAAUCCUGAGUAUCGUAACUAUUGCUGCACGCCUGUGUUGCCUUUAGGGCUACUGGGCCAAUGUAUAAACCACCUGUUUUUAUAUGAAUGAAUGUAUGUAGCUGAUGGG